AUGGAGGGCAAUAGUGAACGAGAGAGAGGUGGAGAUGAUUCAGAGGUAUCAGACUCACCAGAUAGUAACGAGCAUCCAAGCUCUGCGCAGAAACCCAUCAGUAACACGGAAUCAGAUAGUGAUUUAUCACAAAUCAGUCUGCGAAUGUCACCGGCAUCACUGUAUAAGGUAGAGACAGCUGCCCGUAACGCUCAAAUUGCAGCUAAUGCUGCAAAGGAAGAAGCUAAAACUAUGCGUCGUAAAUACGACGAUGCUAUGAAUGAGGUACAUCAGGAUGAGUCUGUUGAAAGGGGAUCAAAGAAGGAAAAAAAAACCAAGAGCUCAAGAGAUGAUGACACGCACCACGAGCAAGUAAUCAAGGGACUGGGGCAUCAGUUUGAGAUAACUCAUGCUCUUUGGCUACAUGAGCCUACCAAGACUUUUCAAACAACCAUUGACGACGAGUAUGAUAAACUGGACCGUUUUGGCAGCACAGCUGCUAAAGUGCAAGGUCAGCUUCGUGAUAUUUUAGACAUUGUUCCUGCCACAUACCAUGGUGACCUUCCGAAUCACUGGUUAGGCCGUUCAUUCCGUGAUGGAAUGCAAGAACAGCGGUCAAACACAGCUACUCGUCUUCGAUCUCGAGGUGCCACCAUUUUUAAUUGCACAGAGGAAGACUUGAGGAUAUCCCGCAAACGAUGUGCAAAGUUUAGCGAAGAUAUUGGGCGGGUAGAAAAUGCAAACGGUACCUCGAUGUAUCAUCCAUGGAACGUCAGUGUCCUUCAUCGUGACUACAAGGGACGCUUCGACAUCCAAACAGUUUUUUUGAAUCCAAUUCUUCAGAAACCAACCAAGCAGACAAUGAGCUGUAUCAUACGAGGGCCUGCAUCCGUAAUUGCAAUGAACGAAGGCGAAUCUUCCCGUGCUGCAAGAAACAAUGAAACGAUGGAUCUAAAAUGGGGAUUAAACCAUACAACGCCUGGCAUGGUCGCAGCUUCUGCUGUCCUUGCUCGUUGGGCCUUAUCUCCAGACGAGUGCCUCAAGGAAAAGGGGAACGAAUCUGGCAUUCGUUGGCACGAUGAUUUUGACAACUACCUGGAGUACCUUUUAAGCGGCCUUCAAAAACAAAAAAAAAGUGUACUCAAUAUAUUCCGAGAGUGGGAUCAAGUCCUUUUCCCCAAUACAAGCCAUGGACUCGCAGGCCAACUGAGCAACACAGACAGGGAUCAAUUAAUGCAAAGUGUGAUGGCUGCAUUGAAUCAUGAUGAGGAUGGAUAUGAACAGCCCGAAGGCCAUAACAGCCAUUCUGAACGAGGCUCUGGGGGACUCAACGAGGGUGGGAACAGCGAAGAUGGAAGCGAUAACUUCGAGGAGUGA